GUGUGUCAAUAUUUAAUAUUCUCUUUCAUGUCCAUGUCAAUCUGUGUUUCUUGUCAAAUUUUGAGAACGUACCACGAUGUACGUACCGUGAUGUACGAGCCUGCAGAAAGCUCCUGAACGCGUCAUAGAUGCACCUGCGUCUGAAGGACGCUAGCUUAGAGCAUCGCUCUGAUUGGCUGGUUGAUUUUAGAGGCGGGAUCUCUCUGCGGAUUCCAGCGGAUGAUUAGUCCAUACACCUGGCUGUCAAGAUAAGUGCGCCUACCUGUCACUUCCUGCUGUCGGUAUUUAUUCAUUUUCACUUCUUUUUUUUCCCCGAGUAGAGACAAUUUGUCACAGCCAUGUUUGUAUGAAUUCGUCUAAUGUAUCCCGCACGGUUUGUGGACCCUGCGAACCAAACGUUACGACCUUGGCUUCAUGUUCGUCUUAAAGGAGGACUAACCCCCCUGGACACUGCUGGGAAAACACCGCCUGGGUGCAUUCAACCACCGCGGCUCAAUUCCUUUUAAUGUGGACUCAUAUUGCCGUGUUUAUUAAUAAAGCAGCAGCAGCAUCAGCAGCAGCGAGGGACUGUGCCUGGUGGAAAGGCAUGGAUGAGAGGUUAUGUGUAUCCCCCGCCCGCCCUCUGUCGCCCUGACCUGUGACCCCCAGCCCUCCCUCUGUGAGCAUGUAUCGCAGGAACGGGCUCUCAGAUGGCACCAGCAUCCACUCAGUCACCUCAGAGGUAACACACACACAUGCCAGCAGCAGCUCUGACUCUCUGGAUGGACAUUGUGUGGACUACGCCAAGAGCUACGAUGCCGUCGUGUUCGAUGUGCUCAAGGUGACGCCGGGGGAGUUUGCUAGCCAGAUCACUCUGAUGGAUGCUCCAGUCUUCAAAGCCAUCCAUCCAGAGGAGCUGGCUUGCUGUGGAUGGAAUGGGAAAGAAAAGCACCGUAUGGCUCCCAACAUUGUGGCAUUCACACGCAGGUUCAACCAGGUGAGCUUCUGGCUGGUGAGAGAAAUCUUGACUGCCCAGACGAUGAAAAUCCGAGCAGAAAUACUGAGCCAUUUCGUCAAAAUAGCAAAGAAACUGUUGGAGUUGAACAACCUUCACUCCCUGGUGUCGGUGGUGUCCGCUCUGACGAGCGCUCCUAUCUUCAGACUCAGCAAAACCUGGGCGUUGAUCAGUCGGAAAGACAAGGGCACAUUUGAGAAGCUCAACUAUCUGACAUCCAAGGAGGAGAACUACACCUGCAUGAGGGAAUACAUCCGCUCCCUGAAGAUGGUGCCCUGCAUCCCAUACCUCGGGAUCUACCUGUUGGACAUGAUCUACAUCGACUCAGCCUAUCCUGCUUCAGACAGCAUCAUCGAGACGGAGCAGCGGACCAAUAAGAUGAACAACCUCCUGAGGGUCAUCUCCGACCUGCAGGUGUCCUGCAGCUAUGAUUACUUGGUGACUCUGCCUCAUGUCCAGAAGUAUCUGCUGUCAGUUCGCUACAUCGAGGAACUCCAGAAGUUUGUAGAGGAUGACAACUUCAAGCUGUCUCUAAAGAUUGAACCUGGCAACAGUUCACCUCGCAUCGCUUCCUCUAAAGAAGACCUGGCAGGUCUGUCUGAGGUGUCGGCCUCCAUGAGGUACAGCCGGCGGCCCACCUGCCCUGACACCUCUGUGGGGCUUCGGAUCCCCACCCCCCCGCCCUCUCACCACAGGAAGAGCCAUAGUCUGGGGAACAAUAUGAUGUGUCAGUACGGCAUGUCAGAGAGCAGGAGCGCCACGUUUCCCAUUGAGAAAGCCCGCCACCUGCUGGACGACAGCUUCUUAGAGUCCAACAGCCCGGCCAGGAACGACCCGUACAGCAACUCUGUGUCCAACGGCCUGUCCAUGGGCAGCAGUGAAAGCUCUUUUGGGGAGGAGCUGUCUCCUGGAAUGGAGAGGGGCCGCAUGUACGCCACACUGGGCCCCAACUGGAGGGUCCCUCUCCGAAACUCCCCGCGGAGCCGCAGCUAUGUUUACAGCUCCUCCGCUGCCAACUCCUGCUACGGCUGCAGCGAGGAGGACAACGUGACUGUUGAAGGACCGCUGAGGAGGAAGACCCUUCUGAAGGAGGGGCGCAAACCCAAGUUGUCUUCGUGGACCAGAUUCUGGAUCACUCUGUCUGGAUCAACUCUGACUUUCUUUGGGGCCAAAGCUCUGAGGGCCUCUGAGAGAAAACAUUAUAAGUCCAGCCCCUGUAAGAAGGUGUGUGUCACGGGGUGGAUGGUGGUGCUGCCAGACAACCCGGCCAGACCCAACAUCUUCCAGCUGAACGACCCCGAUAAAGGAAAUGUUUACAAGUUCCAGACCGGAUCCAGGUUCUCAGCCAUCAUCUGGCACAAAAACCUGGAGGAGGCGUGUCGGAGCAGCAGACCUCAGAUACCAGCAAACCUCAUGUCAUUUGAAUGAGAGCAGACUCCAACCAGCGGGACGUUAAUGUGCCAAACUCAUGGGGUUUGGGAAGCAGAGACUCAAACAUGGACCCCAGUGGAGAGAUGAAGAAGUGAAGAAGAAGUGAUGAAGAAGUGAUGAAGAAGUGAAGAAGAAGUGAUGAAGAAGUGAAGAAGAAGUGAUGAAGAAGUGAUGAAGAAGCUCUUUAAACUGAAUAAGUGACUGUGUACGCCAACACCUGCUUUCUUUCUUUACCAGGACUAAAUGAAAUGUGAACUGUGGACAAAUGGAGUUAAUGGAGGACUUUGUUAUGCUGCUUAAAACAUGUGAACAGCGUAUGUUUUUUGGCCCAUGUUGGGUUUCUGUUUGGGGGAGGAUGAGGAGCAGACCAGUGUUAUACAGCCUCUCCAUGGAGCUCGGGGGUUUUAACACAGAAACCCCUUACCACUUUUAAUCGAGUGGUUACAUUUGUGAAUCUAUUUCUGCAUUUCAUCAUACCGGGACAAAGACACGCAUCCCAAACUUGUGAACCGACGGAAAAUGUGACGGUUUUAUUAUUACCACGGUGGAAGAGCAGAGGACAGAGAGGAGUCUUCAUCACCUUCAGCCCUGUGACUUACAGACUGAACAUGUUCCUAAAUCGUAGAAUUAGUAGUCGUACGUAAACACUAGGGAAGCAUGAAGAGGGCUUUUAGAGCCUGAAGGUCACCCCCCCCCCCCCCCUGCUACCUCAGCUGGUAGUCCUCCUGUUCAACAAGGUUUACAAAAAUAGCAACGAGUCACAUUUUCUACAGAACAAAUCUCAACACCAGGUGAUCAUUACAAUCAGUAGCCAAUCAGAGGAGCCAGCUGUUUCUAAGCAAUGAAGUACAACACUUUGGGUGGGUGUAAAUACUGUUUUUAUUUGUAAAAGAGUUUAUUUUUUGACAGUUGGCCAUAAAAGGGAAACAUUAUAUUCGAUUCACCAAUCUAACACUUUGUUUGAAACUCAAAAUGAAGGAAUGAGGGAAGACGUUGGUAAAUAACCUGCUUCAGAAGCAGCAUUGAAUUUAUUUGAAGGAUAAUUGUUUAUCACAACUCGGAUUUUUUUUUGAAGAAGUUUGGACUUUGUUAUGGUCACAAAUUACAGAGAGAGAGAGAGAGAGAGAGACGUGGUGACAUCAUUUUGUAACACUCUCACUAAUAUUGGCUAGCGCUCCAACACAUAAGUGAAAGGCGAAGGGGGCGGGAUAUAUCUAAGAGGUUGACCAAUCACAACAGAGCCGGCCAGCUAACCAAUCAGAGCAGACUGGGUCCUGGUUUCAGACGGAGGGUGAAAAGAAGUACCGGCAGUGUGAGAGAAAUAAAGAGCUUUUUAACCAUUAAAGCAAGGAGACAUGUCACAGAAGAGGCGCUACAUACUGAUAUGAAACUAGAAAUAGGGCCUUUAAGAUUUUUCCUGUAAAACGAUGAAUUUAACAACCUUUAAUUAUGCAUCUUGAAACAAAGGGGUUCAAGAUAAUCUGAUUAAUAUGUUGGUUUGUUUCCAAUCUAUCUGAUGAUAUGAAGCAAAGAUCCCAGUUGUGAUAAACCUGAACGGUCCUUUAAGAGUAGAAACAUUUCAAUGGAGCAGAACUAAUUCACUAAUGCCAUAUUUCUAAUGUUUCCCUGUUGUAACUGUCAGUCAUUUAUUUAAAAUAUUGCAAAAAGUGGCAAAAAGAAGAUUGAGAAACAAUUACAGUACUUGUCAAGUGUAAUCAUGUUGUAAAGAAUUUCAUAAUUUUGAUGUUUUUCAUUCAUGUAUUGACCUUGACUUAAAAAAAAAAAAAUGUGGACUAUUUUUAACAUUUCUUCAACUAGUCCAAAUGUUGUGUGAUUCAGUCAUGAAGGCUCUGUUUAAUAUGAAGAGGACCACAGCUGUGAUUAAGCCCAUUCAAUGCAAGUCAUAUCAUUUAUAGAACAGCUCAUUUCGGAAAGUCCAUUAGCAGACCGCUGAAACUCGCCUAUUUUGAUUUAUCGGAGUGUGUAUGAAGGGUAUAAAUUGCAGAAAAAAUGGAAUUGCAUAACCCGAAAAAGUCUUUGCUAAUUAAUUUUAAAAAAAACAAUGGAAACUAAUGGUUGCUGGGGAGAAAACACACCAUGUGGUCCUUUUUAAACCACAGCACAUUGUGAAAGUAGAAUACCAUUUUCAUCCAGUAAAAUAGACCAUAAAAUGUGCACACUUUACACUCAUCACCUGUGCAUUACUGAGCCUGUGUUUUGGUUUUUAUUAAGUAUUGUACUAUUUUAUUAUUGCAGACGAGCUGAACAAGGUGUACUGCAUUGAUGGAUAUUACUGCAUUACUUUUACGAUGAGUGUAAACAAACAUGUUGCCGUCAUGUCACUUUGCUGUUGAUGUACACUUUAUUCAACGUUUUUUAUUUCACACGCUAUUUGAAGACUACCACUUCAGUAAAUAUGUAUAAUUAAAGAAACAGUUGAACAUGU